ACCGCAUAAUGCUCACAGUAACUGCGUGGGGUUGGAAGCAGUCAUGCUACAAAAACAUCCUUAUCUCCUCAACCUCAACUCCUUGGGAUGGAAACAAUUAUCCGGCUGGAGUUCAACUUGAUUCCUAUCAGGCACCUCUGGCCCUUUCUACAGUGUGACGUGCUUGACCGACUAAGAUGGAGGGCAGUGGCAGUGGGUGGGCUGUAGAUCUGGCCUCUCCUGGGCCGUGUGUGGCUGGCAUGGAGGGGAACACCAGCAGUCAGGUUUUUGAGGUGGCGCUGCAGAACUCCACCUCGUCCAAACGCAGCCCUCAGUUUGUGGGGGUGGAGCUGCCGCAGUCCUUCAAGCUGCUCAUCAUCCCCUGCUAUGCCCUGGUGGUGCUGAUCGGGGUAUUCGGCAACUACCUGUUGCUCUACGUCAUCUGCCGCACCCGCAAGAUGCACAAUGUCACCAACUUCUUCAUAGGGAACCUGGCCUUCUCCGACAUGCUGAUGUGUGCCACAUGUGUCCCCUUCACCUUGGCCUAUGCCUUCAACCCCCGCGGCUGGGUGUUUGGGAGGUUCAUGUGCUACCUGGUUUACCUCAUCCAGCCAGUAACGGUCUAUGUGUCUGUUUUUACUCUCACUGCUAUUGGUGUUGACAGGUACUAUGCCACAGUUCACCCUCUGAAGAAGCGGAUCUCAGUGCUGGCGUGUACCUACCUCCUAUCUGGGAUCUGGCUGCUCUCCUGUGGGCUUGUGGCCCCGGCUGUAGCCCACACUUACCAUGUGGAGUUCAAGAAUGAGGGCUUCAUCAUCUGUGAGGAGUUCUGGAUGGGCAAAGAGAAAGAGAGGUUGGCCUACGCCUACAGCACACUCUUCAUGACCUACGUCCUGCCUCUCUCUGCCCUCUGCAUCUCUUACCUCUGUAUCUCUGUCAAGCUGCGGAAUUGUGUGGCGCCUGGCCACCGCACCAAGAGCCAGGCCGAGGCCCAGCGAACCCGCAAACGUAAGACCUUCCGUCUGGUCACCUUGGUGGUGGCGGCCUUCGGCGUGUGUUGGAUGCCCAUCAGUGUAUUCAACGUGCUGCGGGACAUUGACAUUGACCUGAUUGACAAGCGCUUCUUCCUGCUCAUCCAACUGCUGUGCCACCUGUGUGCUAUGAGCUCCUCCUGCUGUAACCCUUUCCUGUACGCCUGGCUACAUGACCGCUUUCGCGCCGAACUGCGCAAGAUGUUCACUUGCCACCGCCGCAUCGGCAUCCCUGCCAACAACUGUGCCACAAACAGCGUGGUGCUGUGAACCACUUCAUCCCACGCUGUCACCUUUCACUGGAUGUGUUCAGAGAAUGUCCUGAGGUAUUUGGUCCUGGAACAUGAAGUGUUUUUUCAUUGCAAUAAACUUUGCCACAAACAAGGCUGCUGCAAAAAAAUGCGUAUUGCAUUAGAAGUUUUCAGACAUGUGGAAAUAUCAGAGGUUGGUUGAGCAAGAUAUGGAUGAGCAAGAUAUGGACAUCUUCUGUAUGUACAGUGGGGCAAAAAAGUAUUUAGUCAGCCACCAAUUGUGCAAGUUCUCCCACUUAAAAAGAUGAGAGAG